ACUUUGUCCCACAGCUUCUAUUCCAAGGACAAUGAAGGCAGCUGGUUCCGCUCACUCUUUGUGCAUAAGGUGGAUCCCCGGAAGGAUGCUCACUCCACCUUACUGUCCAAGAAGGAGACCAGCAACCUCUACAAAAUCCAGUUUCACAAUGUGAAGCCUGAGUGUCUGGAUGCCUACAACAGCCUGACGGAAGCUGUGCUGCCCAAGCUGCAUCUGGAUGAGGACUACCCCUGCUCGCUUGUGGGCAACUGGAAUACAUGGUAUGGGGAGCAGGACCAGGCAGUGCACCUGUGGCGAUUCUCAGGCGGCUACCCAGCCCUCAUGGACUGCAUGAACAAACUCAAAAACAACAAGGAGUACCUGGAGUUCCGAAAGGAGCGGAGCCAGAUGUUGCUGUCCAGGAGAAACCAAAUGCUUCUCGAGUUCAGCUUCUGGAAUGAGCCACAGCCCAGAGCAGGACCCAACAUCUAUGAGCUGAGGACAUACAAGCUCAAGCCAGGAACCAUGAUUGAGUGGGGGAACAACUGGGCUCGGGCCAUCAAGUACCGACAAGAGAACCAGGAGGCAGUAGGCGGCUUCUUCUCACAGAUAGGAGAGCUCUACGUUGUGCACCAUCUCUGGGCCUAUAAAGACCUUCAGUCUCGGGAAGAGACUAGAAAUGCUGCUUGGAGGAAGAGGGGUUGGGAUGAAAAUGUCUACUACACAGUCCCCCUGGUGCGACACAUGGAAUCUCGGAUCAUGAUCCCUUUGAAGAUCUCACCUCUCCAGUGAUGCUGGGCUGCCUCCACCUCAUUACUCUUCUCCCUCAGGGCAGCCACAGACAGGAGCUCCCAGUCCUGCUGUCCUAGUUUUCUCUCAGAUCUGGGAGGACUCUGGGGGCUAGUGCUCAGCUCAGACAAUGGGGAGCUGAAGGAUGACAGAGUUUUGAGGACUUGCAACUCUGCCUGCCCUGCCCAUUCCUUCCCCUGUCCUGGAAGCAGUUUUUAAUUUCUCUGAAUGAAGAACAGCAACCUUUUAUGUCUUCUCACAUUACCCCUAAGAUGCCUCAUCUCAAGGCCACCAGUCCCAACUAUCACCAUGGAAAACCUCAGUUUAGCUUUAGUUGUACAAAAGGUAGUGUGUCUAGUGGUUAGAGGUGGGGUGGGAAGGGAAGAGGUCAAACCAGACCAGGCUCUUGGGAAUUCCCUGGUCUCCACGGACCACCCACUUACUGGACAGUCUGAACCAAGUCCUUCCUGCUGGGGAAAAGCCUAGAACUAAAAAGUAAACGAAAUCCCUAAAGUUAGCAAAGUCAGCAGGAGGUCCACCUAAUUAACCCAGAAAGGCUCUGGGGACAGGAAACAGCAUGGAAUAGGAACAAAAACCCAGAAGGUAGAACUUUAGAAUUCAGACCUUGGGUUUGAACUGCAGAACUUGGAAUACAGAAUGGGGAAAAUAGAACAGAGGUGACAGAAGCCCACUUGGAAGGGUUUUCUAGUACAAGACAAUUGGAAAGAGACUCAUCUGUUUUCCUCUAGGUAAUGAGGUUGAAACCUGAACGUGUAGUUCCAGCCCCUCUGUGCAGCCCUCUUACUUCCUGUAAGCAAAGAUAUGGGCCAGGGCCUGUAUUUCCCUCAUCCUGCAUCCCUUUUCGCCCUCUUCACAUUUAAUCAGCCCAACUCAUUCUCUUGGGCCACUGGGUAUGUGAAAUGGUAUCAGUGACUUUGGGGGCCUCCUCAGUGACCCCCACAUCUCAUGAACCUCUGGGUAGACUGAUUCUGCCUCCCUUUCAGGAAAACUUGUGCUGGAAUUGCUGAUGAAACCAAUUAAAUGUUUACUAUAAA